CUUCCAAAAGAGAAAGAAUGGAAGAGCUGCGCUUGAUGUCUGGGAAUAGGAAUCUUAUGGCAAAAAAGACUAGCGUACUGGAGUGUAGGGUUUGUGAGGAGGUUUUUGGAUUGCACGGAGACAAAAUUCCUCGUCUUCUUUUUUGUGGACACACACUUUGUCACGCUUGUCUUUCAAAACUCCCAGCUGAGGGUUUUAUAUCGUGUCCCUUUGAUCGGCAACAGACCUUGCUCGGAAACAAUGGAGUAUGGGAGUUGAAAAAGAAUUUUGCUCUUAUAGAACUGAUUGAACGAAUCCAGUGUGAGGAAAACUUGAAUUCAUUUUCCACAGCUUUCCUGGAAAAGGAAAGGGAGUUGUCUGUGACCUGUGAUGAAGUAGAAAAUCACCUGGCAGUGCUGUACUGUACAGUUUGUGGUACACAUCUUUGUGAGCUCUGCGCGGAACAAACCCAUUCAACCAGGACACUAGCUAAGCACAGGAAAAUCCCUUUAAGCGAGAAGCCGCGUGAGAAGCCUAUUUGUCCUUACCAUACUAGUCAUGUAAUGGAGUUUACAUGUCUCCAGGAGGAAUGUUCUGCGGCCCCCUUGAUGUGCUAUAUAUGCAAGGAUUAUGGACGUCAUAAAGGUCAUAAACAUAAUCUUUUGGAACUGGAAGCCGAAUCAGUCAGGGUUAAAAUGGCCGGAGCAGUUCUGAAAAUGAAAAAAUUCAUGGAAGAUAUGAGUGAAGCCAACAGAAGACUAGAACAGGCUCUGGUUGAAAUAAAGGGAAUAGAAUCACAUUUUAAUGAGCCCAGCAUGGAACAUGAAAGUGGAACUGCUGAGUGCGCAAGAACUCGUGUUCGCGCAUAUUUCCAGUCUUUACGAGACCAGCUGUGCGCCCAGGAAGUGGCAGCACUUACUGUAGUUGACACUCAUGUUCGAGAACGUGUUUGCAGUAUACGACAGCAGGAGGAGGAUAUAGCGACGGUAUUAUCGCAGGUUGCAGAAGUAUGUAUACAGUGUGAUCGAGUUGCCAGGCAGGAUGAUGCUAGAGUUCUUUUAGCCUCUCGGGAGAUAAAUAAUCUUUUAGAAAGUGUAGAAAAUCAGCAACAACAAUUUUCGGUCCUUUGCCCAGAGCAGUUAAAUCUAGACCCUGGUAUUCCCAUCACGUUUACCAAAGAUAACAGAGUACAUAUUGGUCCCAAAAUUGAGAUGAGGGUGGUCACUCUGGGCCUGGACGGAUCUGGAAAAACGGCGAUUCUCUGUAAACUUAAGCAGGGAGAAUUUGUACCAACCAUUCCAACAAUAGGAUUUAACGUUGAAAGUCUAGAAUUUAGAAAUGUGAAGAUUACUCUCUGGGAUGUAGGUGGACAGCAUAAACUUCGACCUCUUUGGAAGCACUAUUACCUUAAUACCCAGGCAGUGAUAUUUGUCCUGGAUGCUUCGGAUCAGAAGAGGCUUCUUGAGUCUAAAAAUGAACUUGUGAAACUUCUUUCAGAGAAGGAAUUAAAAGAUGCAUCUUUGCUUAUCCUCGCAAAUAAACAGGAUAUCUCGGGGUGUUUAACUAUAGAGGAGAUAACUGAUAAUUUUUCUCUUUAUAAACUUUGUUGCGGUCGGUCCUGGCAUCUUCAGGCUUGUGAUGCUAAAUCUGGAGGCGGGCUUCAGGAUGGACUUGAUUGGUUAUGUAGACAACUUGUUGCUGCUGGUAUACAGGAUCUUGGCUAGGGAAAUAACUACAUUUCUGUUACCUGUAUAGUGAAGAUAUAUUUAUAGGAUAUAUUUAUAUAUUCUUGUGUAUAUAUGUAUAUAUAAAUAUGCUCCAAAUGCAGUGUACCUUUACCAUUUUUGAAAGGCAAGCAUUCUCCGGGAAACUUUGAAAAUCGCUUUUUUGUUGCUUAAAAGGCAUGCACAAUGCACAUGCAAUGAGUUUUACUAGGAUUUAGUAAUUGUUACUUUGAGUAUCUGCUUUAAAUUCAACAUGUACAAGAUCUAGAAAAGUGACGUUCCUGAUAUAAAAAUUGUGAUUUAAUGGUUUUUGUACAUAAAUAAAUGUUAGUUGAACAAAUA